CCGCCGCCCCCGUCCGUCCCCGUCACCGCCGCCGCUGUUCCUGUCGCCGCCGCCGCCAUGGGCCUCACUAUCUCGUCGCUCUUCUCUCGCCUCUUCGGCAAGAAGCAGAUGCGCAUCCUGAUGGUUGGUUUGGAUGCUGCUGGCAAGACGACUAUUUUGUACAAGCUGAAGUUAGGGGAGAUAGUCACCACCAUUCCAACUAUCGGUUUUAAUGUGGAAACAGUAGAAUAUAAAAAUAUUUGUUUCACAGUAUGGGAUGUUGGUGGUCAAGAUAAAAUUAGACCUCUUUGGAGGCAUUACUUCCAAAACACACAGGGUCUUAUUUUUGUGGUAGAUAGCAAUGAUCGUGAGAGAAUUCAAGAAGGAGCCGAAGAGCUGCAAAAAAUGCUUCAGGAAGAUGAAUUGCGGGAUGCUGUGCUGCUGCUCUUUGCAAACAAGCAGGAUCUGCCAAAUGCCAUGGCCAUCAGUGAAAUGACAGAUAAACUAGGCCUGCAGUCCCUUCGUAACAGAACUUGGUAUGUUCAAGCUACCUGUGCUACACAAGGAACCGGUCUGUACGAGGGUCUUGACUGGCUGUCAAAUGAGCUCUCAAAACGUUAAAUCCGACAGGAUAACUAACCAAGGACAUGUUUGAUAGAAUUGGGUCUAGGCUUGUUACAACAAAAUUAGUUUGCAUCUUGGUUAUUCAAUGGUAUCUUGGAACUGGUUUGAGCAGGAUUUUACAGCAUUUAAACUUAUUUUGUUGCCAAUUAUCGUUUACCAAGUUUAAUGUUGCUAUUGUAGCAGUUAUACUUGGAUUUAAAAAAUUCUCCUUAACUUGAAAAAAAAAGCAUACUCUUAUGAUUUUACUUCCCUUGGCCUAAAUGCCUGGACAUAGCUAUUGUGACAACCUUUAAAUGAAUAUGUUCUGAAUGUUUUUUGGAGCCCCAAUAAAUAAUGUUUUAAAGUUU